AAACGGAGCAUCGCUGCCAUAAACUCCCUGCGGUUAAGGAAGUGGGAGAACAAAAGGGCAAGGCUCGGCUACAAACUCGCACACAAUCCGUCGCUCCGGUCGCCUCUUCCUUCAUCUCCCCGUGGCCUCUCUUCCCCUGUUGUCGUCUUCCUCGCUUGCUUUGGAGACUCCGAUCCUCCCCCUCCUUCUUGUCCCUUUUAGCUAGGGUCUCUUCGUCAAAAGGCCUCUCUCUUCCUCUAGAAGUUUCCAUUUUGACCGCUUCCUCAAGCAAGAUACACGUCCUUGUUCAGAGAAGGAUUUCCAAGGUUCUUCUGUUCUGGGGUCCUCGGCUGCCUUCUCUUCUUCCAAGUCCAGGGAAGAGCACCCGGUGACCGGUGUGUUGGUCCCAGGUGUGGCGAUCGUCCUCCAGCUCUCUCCGCCGCGCUCCAACAGCCCUAAACCGAAGCCUUGUCAAGAAACAGAAGGAAGGAGCAAUCCGGCAGCAGGCAGACAUUUGAAUUUGAUCCGUCCUCGUCGUCUCGGCAAGGCUGAUCGGCGAUCGCCGGUCGGGAUGGAGCAGCUCCGGCAGCUUGGCGAGGCGGUGGGGAGCAUCAGCGCGCUCAUGGCGUUCGAGUCAGAGCUCCUCGUCAACCCGCGGCAGUGCCGCCUCCUGGCCGACGCGUGCGCGGCCGCGUUCGCCGCCGUCACGGGCGAGGUGCGCGCGAGCCUCCGCUUCGAGGAGCGAGGCGCCAAGUGGCGCGCCGUCCAGGCCCCGCUCCGCGAGCUCCACCGCGCGUUCCGCGACGCCGAGGGCUACGUCCGCCAGUGCCUGGACCCGCGCGGCGGCGGCGGCUGGUGGGCGCGCGCUGCGGCGGUGGCGCACGGCACCGAGUGCGUGGAGCAGCACCUCCACGCCAUCCUCUGGUGCGUCGCCGUCGCGGUCGAGGCCGUCGAGGCCGCCGCGGAGAUCGCCGGCUCCGACGCCGAUGAGAUCGCGCGGAGGCGGACGUUGCUCGCCAAGAAGUACGACAGGGACAUGGUGGAGCCCAGGCUGUUCCAGAGCGCGUACGGCAAGCUGUAUCUGGUGUCCCAGGAGCUCGUUGCGCGGAUGGACAUGGCGUGGAAGGAGGACAGGUGGCUGCUGUCGCAGCUGCUCGACGAGAUGAAGUCCCCAGCGGCGCCGAAGCCCCUGACGAAGACCGAGCAGCGGCUCGCCGACGUCCUCACCGCGCCGCGGGGGAAGCUGCACCCGGCGUCCAUCCUGCUCAGCGGCGACUACAACGUGCGGAGGCGCCUCGGCGGCCGCCUCAAGGAGGCGCAGUGGAUGGGGGAGAGCUUCGCGGUGAAGCAUUUCAUCGGGGACGCCGCGGCCGAGGUCGCGAUGCUCUCGUCGGUGGCGCACCCGAACGUGGCGCACGCCGCGCACUGCUUCCGCGACGAGGACAGGAAGGAGUACUUCGUGGUCAUGGACCAGCUCAUGGCCAAGGACCUCGGGAGCUACGUCAAGGAGAUGAGCUGCCCGCGGCGGCGGAUCCCGUUCCCCCUCGUCGUCGCCGUCGACAUCAUGCUGCAGAUUGCGCGCGGGAUGGAGUACCUGCACGCCAAGAAGAUCUACCACGGCGAGCUGAACCCGUCCAACGUGCUCGUGAAGCCGCGGCAGCCCGAGGGGUACGUGCACGUCAAGGUCGCCGGGUUUGAGCGGUCGGGCACCGUCACAGCCGGCGCGAAGGCAGCUGCCAACGGCAACGCCAAUGCCAACGCGACCGGCGGCGGCGACAACACGUGCAUCUGGCACGCGCCGGAGGUGCUCGAGAAGGAGAGCGGCGAUCCCGCCGCCAGGCGCACCGAGAAGGCGGACGUGUACAGCUUCGCCAUGAUCUGCUUCGAGCUGCUGACCGGCAAGGUCCCGUUCGAGGACAACCACCUGCAGGGCGACAAGACGAGCAAGAACAUCCGCGCCGGCGAGCGGCCGCUGUUCCCGUUCCAGGCGCCCAAGUACCUCGUCGCCCUGACGAAGCGGUGCUGGCACGCCGACCCGGCGCAGCGCCCGACGUUCGCUUCCGUCUGCCGCGUCCUCCGGUACGUGAAGCGGUUCCUGGUCAUGAACCCGGACCAGCAGCAGGGCCAGGCCGACGCGCCGCCAGCCGCGCCGCCCGCCGACUACCUCGACAUCGAGGCGCAGCUGCUGAGGCGGAUCCCGGCGUGGCAGCGUGGCGAGGGCACGGCGGCGCGUGUCGCGGACGUGCCGUUCCAGAUGUUCGCGUACAGGGCCGUGGAGAGGGAGAAGAUCCCCGGCGCGCACGCCGGCAGGGACAGGGCCUGGGACUCCGGCAGCGAGGGGAACUCGCUGUGCGGCGAGGAGAACGGGGGCGGGGCAACCACGCCGGACGACGCGUCCACGGUCUCCGGCGGCACCGUGCGGUCGCGCCCGGACAGCAGCGACGGCAAGAAGACGCCGGUCACGAAGGCGGACGGCAAGGCGCAGCCCAGACAAACAGGAUCUCAGCAGAAGGUGAAGCCAGCGAGCGCGGUGAAGCCUCCGCUGACGGCAAGGAAAACGCUCGGCGUGAAGCCUGACGUUCCGGCGCGGCGGCCGACGUCCGGGCACGCCUCGGACUAGGACCGCGAGGCGGCGGCGCGUGUGCCGGAGACCGCCAGGAGCUGCCAUGUUUGAGCGACGAUGGAAUGGUGUGCGUUCCAGCAGCUCGAUUUUGGUGAACGACUUUUUUUUUCCGCAUUGCAUUGGUUGGUUGGUUCCAUAGGUUCUAGUAGGUUAGAGUCUUGCAUUUUGCAUAGAUGCUUCGCUUGAUGGUUUUAUUGUGGUAUAAGUGGAGCUCUGGUAUUUAUAGAAGUUUUCUAUAUUGAAACUAAAUACUUUGGGUGAAGUCCUGAGAAAUAUAGUUCGGAUUUGAACCUCA